AUGGACUCUAUUACUGGGAUUCAGAACAUACUACAUCUCUUCUACUCUUACUCGGGGCUUCAGCUUAAUAAUGCAAAAAGUGAGUUGUUUAGUUCGAAGAUCCAAAGGCAAGAACUGCUUGAGAUAUUGCAAGAGACAGGUUUUAAACAUGGAACCCUCCCUGUUAGAUAUCUUAGUGUUGCUUUGGUCACGCGCAAACUUACUGCCAAUUCAGCAAAAGGGGCAAGGGUAAGGUGGCAGAUCAUAUGUAGUCUUAAGCCAGAGGGAGACCUAGGACUAAAAGACCUUCUCACAUGGAACCAGGCUUGCAUCCUAAAGCAUUUAUGGUCACUCUCCUCGCAAGUUGGCUCAAUAUGGAUAGCAUGGAUACAUAUAUACGUGCUCAAAGGGCAAAGCUUAUGGGAGAUGCCAAUUAGUAAAGGUACUAGCUGGUGCAUGAAAAAGCUAUUACAAUUGAAAGUACUGCUUCCAGGCUCUUGGUGCAAACAGAAGAAGGUAUGGCUUAUAUGGUGCAAAUUUCAUAUCUCAAAAUGUACCGUCAUUGCUUGGAUGGCUAUUCUCAAUAAACUUCCUACCAAAGACAGGCUGACUUCAUGGGGGAUUGCAAAUGAAGGAGGCUGUGUGUUGUGCAGUCAGGAGACUGAAAGCAGAAACCACAUAAUUUUCAGUUGCAGCUAUUCGAAAACAGUGUGGAAGGGGGUUUUGAGACUAUGCAAUUUGCACAAAGAGGUUGCUGGCUGGGAAAAUGAGUUAUAA